AUGUCGAACUCUCAUCCUAUGCAACAUAUUUCUCGAGACGCUCUACACACAAGCCUCGAAGCACGAAUCCAGUAUCUUCACAGUUUCCUGGACUUCAGCAGCAACGAUGUCGAAGCACUGGUCUCAGGCGCCAAGUACAUCAAGGCUCUGAUUCCGACCGUCGUCAAUAUCGUCUACAAGAAACUCCUACAGUUCGACAUCACAGCUCGCGCAUUUCAGACCAGAAACACGAGUUUUGAAGGGCCCAUGGAUGCCAAGCUCAGCGAAGACAGCCCGCAAAUCGUGCAUCGAAAGAUGUUCCUCCGAGCCUACUUGAUCAAGCUGUGUUCUGACCCGACGCAAAUGGAGUUUUGGGAGUACCUGGACAAAGUCGGCAUGAUGCAUGUUGGUCUCGGUCGUGCUCAUCCCCUUCACGUGGAGUACAUUCAUCUCGGCGCCUGUCUCGGAUUUAUUCAAGACAUCAUGACCGAGGCCAUUUUCUCUCAUCCUAAGCUCUCUCCGGACCAGAAGGUCGCACUCGUCAGAGCCCUGGGAAAGAUCAUCUGGAUUCAAAACGACCUGUUUGCGAAGUGGCAUAUUCGGCACGGUGUUGAGUUUGCUCUUGAUGAUGAUGAGUUUGUGAUUGAGAUGAAGGAGGGCCACGUACGCGGAAAGAAGAAGAUUCUGGCCACGGUAGACGGCGGCGGCGAGGAGGUAGUAUCGCUUCCCCGGCCUGGAGCCUGCCCGUUCGGUGGGAUCGACGAGAGGGCUGGCUUGGUCGAGAAGGGGGUCGAGGAGACGGCUACUUGA